GUAUUGAAAUUAGAGAAGCAGGGUGAGUUGGAGGAGAUGAGAUACGAUACGAGUCAUGGCUACAACCAUAACCAGAUCGAUAUUUGUGUAUGAGAGAGAAAGAAAGAGGGUCACUUUUAUAACCUAAAAACAGAGUAAACGUCUCCUGUCCACUCUUAUGGGUGAUCAUCAUAUAACUGUGAGUUUUAUGAGCCAUGAAGAAGAAAUCCAUCAUCCCCACAGAUGUCAAUUUACACACCAAUAAUCAAAUUUUAUUCCAACACCAACAGGACGAGAGCUUUUUUAAGCUCUCUUUGCCUUUCAUGAUCUCAUUUUGGUUCCCUUUUCUGCUUUUCCUCUCUACAUUCGGCUUCAAUCAUGGCAACGAAGGGAAUGUAGAUACAUAUAAUAGCAACUUUACUAAUACUACUGCAUAUCCUUACAUCAAAGAACAAGAUCAAGAUCAUACAGAUAGGGUUCUUUUAGAGUUUAAUGUAUCUGGGGUGGCUCAAGAUCAUAGCUUUUUAGAUUCUGAGAAAAACCCUAAUCAGGAAACGAGUCCGGUUGAAGAAGUAGUUUCGAAAGUUUUAGGUUACUCUGCUUUAGUUUGCGAGAGAGAGAUUCAAGAUAGUUACGUUGAAAAGAAACAAGAGGAUGUACAAAGUGGAAGAACCCAUCUCACAUAUCUUAAUCUUGAUGAGUUUAGAAACAUUACAAAGCAAGAUAAUGGUUCGAGUGGUGCACCUACUGGGUUAGCCAACAUUACCCAUAGGCUCGAGCCUGAUGGGACUGAGUACAACUAUGCUUCUGCUUCCAAAGGUGCAAAAGUUGUGGCACAUAAUAAGGAAGCAAAUGGAGCAAGCAACAUCUUGGGUGAAGAUCAUGAUAAAUAUUUAAGAAACCCGUGUUCUGUUCCUGAGAAGUACGUCAUCAUUGAACUUGCUGAAGAAACUCUAGUUGAUGCUGUCAAGAUUGCAAAUUUUGAACACCAUUCUUCGAAUUUUAAGCAGUUUUCGUUAUCUGGGAGUUUGGUUUUCCCGACUGAGACAUGGUACCCUCUUGGAAAUUUCGUUGCUGAAAACGUGAAACACCAUCAAUACUUUAAGUUGCCUGAGCCCAAAUGGACAAGAUACUUGAAGUUGACGUUAGUUAGUCACUAUGGGUCGGAGUUUUACUGCACGCUAAACGUAAUUAAAGUAUAUGGUGUAGAUGCAAUUGAAAGGAUGCUUGAAGAUCUUAUUGUGACUUCAGAAGAAUCAGCAAAUCAUAAUUCGACUGCAUCUCCUGCUUCGCCACAUUCUUCAGGCUCCAAAAAUGGGAAAGUGGAUGGUGAAUUCAGGAACGUGGCUGACGCUACGAGUAGAAAGAUGGAACGUGUUGAUGAUGGAAAACGGGUUGAUGAUGAUGUGGCAAAAAAGCCAGUGAGUGUGACCAAAAUUCCUGAACUUGUAGCGAAAGGUAAUGGAAGAAUACAUGGUGAUGCCGUUUUAAAGAUUUUGAUGCAAAAGGUUAGAUUACAUGAAAAGAACUUGUCUUUGUUGGAGGAUUACAUUAAAGAACUGAACAAGAGACAAGGGGACGUUCUUCCUCAGAUUGAUGUUGAACUUGCAAAGUAUUCGGCUCUUGUGGAGAAAACCAGAGCGGAAAUUAAAGAGCUUUUGAUAUGGAAGGCGUCUAUGGAAAAAGAAAUUGCUGACUUGGAGUCGUGGAAGGCCUUCGUGUCAUCCCAUUUGGAGUCGAUUGUCAAAGAAAAUGCCAUGCUCAGGCAAGCCAUUGAGAAGGUUGCAGUUGAUCAAGAAAAUCUGGAUAAAGCCGAGCUGACUGUGCUGACUGUGAGCGUUUCUUUUGCAAUUGCGGCCAUCUUGAAGAUCAUUUCAGAUCGAAUCUUUAACACGUCCAGCCACUCUCCUUUCAGCAAAGCUCACAGGGACGAUAGAAAUUGGAAAUUGCUACUCGUUACCUGUGUGAUCACCGCGAUCAUUGCUUUGAACUUCUAUUAACAACCAAAAAUGUAUCUCUAGAAGUAUUGUAUUCUUUGUAGUUGUUUUAGAAUCUUAAUUUUUUGUGGCAUUUCGAUCCGAAAUUAAGCCUUAUCUGGAGAUAGGUUAUACACAGCUGAAUGUUUUUGAUCUGUAUGUUCUUAUAGUUUGCAGAUUUGAUCUCAUCUAUGGAGUUAUUAC